AUGACAAGUAUGGAGAGUUUGAUUGGGUUGGUGAACAGAAUCCAGAGAGCUUGUACCGUGCUUGGUGACUAUGGAGGUGAUGAUGGGAGCUCGUUCUCUUCUCUAUGGGAAGCUCUUCCUACUGUUGCUGUUGUUGGUGGACAGAGUUCAGGUAAGUCUUCAGUUUUGGAAAGCAUUGUUGGUCGUGACUUUCUGCCUAGAGGAUCAGGGAUCGUGACAAGGCGUCCAUUGGUGUUGCAGUUGCAUAAGACGGAAAGUGGGACACAAGAGUAUGCUGAGUUUCUUCAUCAGCCAAGGAGGAAGUUCACUGAUUUUGCCUUGGUCCGCCAGGAAAUUCAGGAUGAAACUGAUCGAGUAACAGGGAAGACAAAACAAAUAUCUCCUAUUCCUAUUCAUCUCAGUAUUUAUUCCCCGAAUGUUGUCAACCUAACCUUGAUUGAUUUACCCGGUCUGACUAAAGUGGCUGUAGAAGGACAGUCUGAGAGUAUUGUUCAAGAUAUUGAAGCUAUGGUCCGAUCUUAUGUUGAGAAGCCUAAUUCCAUCAUUCUAGCAAUAUCUCCAGCCAAUCAAGACAUAGCAACUUCUGAUGCUAUCAAACUUGCCAGGGAAGUUGAUCCUGCAGGUGAAAGGACAUUUGGAGUGGUGACAAAGCUAGAUUUGAUGGACAAAGGAACUAAUGCGUUGGAUGUCCUGGAGGGAAGAUCUUACCAUCUGCAACAUCCUUGGGUUGGCAUAGUAAAUCGGUCUCAGGCAGACAUCAAUAAAAAUGUUGAUAUGAUUGUUGCUAGGCGCAAGGAACGUGAAUAUUUUGCAACCAGUCCUGAUUAUGGGCACUUGGCCAAUAAAAUGGGUUCAGAAUACCUUGCAAAGCUUCUCUCCAAGCACUUGGAGUCGGUAAUUAGGGCAAGGAUACCUAGUAUAACUUCUUUAAUAAACAAAAGCAUUGAGGAACUUGAAUCAGAGAUGGAUCAUCUUGGGAGACCCAUUGCUCUUGAUGCUGGGGCUCAACUAUACACUAUCCUAGAACUUUGCCGAGCAUUUGAAAGAAUAUUCAAGGAGCAUUUAGAUGGAGGGCGGCCAGGAGGUGACAGGAUAUAUAAUGUCUUCGACAAUCAGCUUCCCUCUGCAUUACGGAAGCUUCCAUUUGAUCAUCAUCUUUCUCUCCCAAAUGUAAGGAAAGUCGUGUCAGAGUCGGAUGGUUAUCAGCCUCACUUGAUUGCCCCAGAGCAAGGUUACAGGCGCCUGAUUGAGGGGGCUCUUGGUUACUUUAAAGGCCCAGCUGAAGCUUCAGUAGAUGCUGUUAAUUUUGUCUUAAAAGAACUUGUGAGAAAAUCAAUAGCUGAAACUCAGGAACUGAAACGAUUUCCAACUUUCCAAGCUGAACUAGCUUCAGCAGCAAAUGAGGCUUUAGAAAGGUUUCGUGGGGAAAGUAAGAAGACAACUCUCCGGCUUGUAGAUAUGGAAUCUUCGUAUCUCACUGUGGAUUUCUUCCGGAGACUACCUCAGGAAGUGGAGAAAGCUGGAAGUCCUGCUCCCUCAAAUGUAGAUCGAUAUGCAGAAGGUCAUUUCAGGAGAAUUGCAUCAAAUGUCUCGUCUUACAUAGGAUUGGUGGCAGACACGCUUAGGAACUCAAUUCCAAAGGCUGUUGUUUAUUGUCAGGUCAGACAAGCAAAACAGUCUUUGCUUAACCAUUUCUACGCACAAAUAGGGAAGAAAGAGGGUAAACAUCUAUCUCAAAUGUUGGAUGAAGAGCCUGCAUUGAUGGAGAGGAGAAUUCAGUGUGCAAAAAGGCUGGAACUAUAUAAAGCAGCAAGGGAUGAAAUUGAUUCUGUAUCUUGGGUGCGAUAA